GUGUUGUUAAAAAAUAUCUUUUUGUGGUGAGACUUAUCGGAUGCCUUCUUUUCUAUAUAUUUGAAAAUUUUUAAUCUAAGAAUAUGUGCACGAUGCCUGAGUCAUUGCGCAAAACCUCAAGCAAUUUAAUAAAUUUAUGGAUUCAGCUACAUAGAAUUCAAAUACAAGAAUAAAAAAAAUGAGUAAAGCAAAUGGAGCUACACCUCCACAAUAUACCUAUGUUCCGCCGCCAUCAGCGCCACCUUCUUAUCAAGAAGCUGUAGGAGGAGUUAAACCGGUGGGCCCUUUUACUCCAAUUACUGCACCCACAACGCCAUCAGUUAACAAUACCAUUGUAACUACGGUGGUACCUAUAGGCCGAACUGCCACGCAUAUGAUCUGCCCCUCUUGUCACGUGGAAAUUGAGACCACAACACGUACGGAACCUGGUAUGAUCGCCUACUUAUCGGGAUUUAUAAUAGCUUUAUUGGGUUGUUGGCUUGGAUGCUGUUUGAUACCGUGUUGCAUUGAUGAUUGUAUGGAUGUACAUCACACGUGUCCUAAUUGCAAAGCAUACCUUGGACGUCAUCGGCGAUAAAAAACAUCGCGUAAAAUAAGGGAUCGCAAAGAGUUCUUAUACAUGUGUCCAACAAACAAAAACGAACCUUAAUCGAUAAAAAACUAUAAAAUGAUGGAUAAAAGUAACUGAUUCAUAAUUCACGUUUUUACGAAUCUCAAUCUCUUUAUAUGUGCAUAUAUCUUUUGCUAACUUAUGAAUAUAUGCACGUAAAAAAUUUGAAGCAAUAAAUGAAGUUUGGAGUAAAUAUAAUUGCAUUCUACAAAAUUUGAAGGCAGCUGUUUUAUGAUAAAAAUUCAUGAUCUAUAUGCACUAUUUAUUAAAUAAAAAAUAUGAAAUAGUUGGAAUAAAUUUAAUUUUUUAAA